AUGGCCUGUGCUGAGGAAGACAGAAAUUGCUAUGAGGUGUAUAAGGAAACAGCAGAUUGGUUACAAGCCCAUACCGCUCAGCGCCCAAAGACUGCCAUCAUCUGUGGCUCUGGACUGGGAGGUCUGGCUGAUGUGUUGGAUAACAAGAUAGUCUUUCCAUAUGAAGAUAUCCCUCAUUUCCCACGGAGCACAGUUGCAGGGCACGCUGGCAGGCUGGUGUUUGGGGAGCUGAACGGCCAUCCGUGCGUAUGCAUGCAGGGACGUUUCCACUUCUACGAAGGAUACUCUCUCAGUGCGGUCACCUUUCCCAUCAGGGUGUUCUGUCUCCUGGGCAUCAAGAUCUUGAUUGUCACAAAUGCUGCUGGGGGAUUGAAUCACCACUUCCAAGUGGGGGACAUCAUGUUCAUUAGAGAUCACAUCAACAUGUUUGGCUUGGGAGGGCAGAACCCACUGCGAGGACCAAAUGACGAGAGGUUUGGAGUGAGGUUUCCCUGCAUGUCAGAUGCUUAUGAACAAGAGCUGCUCAGCCUGGCAAGGGAGAGCGCGCAGGAACUGGGCUACCUGGGUUUCACCCGAGAGGGAGUAUACUGUAUGCUGGCAGGUCCCUGCUAUGAAACCAUUGCAGAGUGCCGCAUGCUGCAGGCCCUGGGAGCAGAUGCAGUAGGCAUGAGCACUGUCCCGGAGGUAAUUGUAGCCAGGCACUGUGGCCUCAGAGUCUUUGGGGUCUCCCUCAUCACCAACAAAGCUGUGAUGAGCUACGACAGUCAGGAGAAAGCCAACCAUGAAGAAGUUCUGCGCAUCUCUGUGGUUCGAGCUGAAGCCCUGCAGAAACUGGUCGCUCACUUGAUUGGCAAGCUGGGGGAGAAUGCAAGCUCUUCAUGA